AGUGGAUAGACGAUCCCCCUGCCUCGAAUUAUGAAUAAAGUUUGAAUCUUUUUUUUUUGCAUGAAAAUAAAAUAUAUUAAAAUUAAAAUACUUAUGAUAAUCAUAAAGGAUUUAUUUUGAUAGUUUACGUAUAGUUUAAGAAAAUAUAUAUCCGUGAUAUAGACAGGACGUAGUGAAUUCUUAAUUACAGUACAUAAAGUGAAAUCCAAAAAAGCCAUGUCAUAAAAUCGCAAAGUAAAUAAGUUAUUAUCUUGCAAUAAUCAAAAGAAAUAAGAAGAACAGCAUAUAGAAAUUCACUUAGUUUCAGUCAAAAUAUAUAGCUGCAGUAUAAUUGAUUUUUAACUUGAAUGGCUGCAGUACAUAGUCAGUGUUAUUGCUAAUUUACUUUUAAACAUAAAAUGUGAUUAUAAUUAAGAAAAAAUUCAAGUUUCACAUGUGCAUGCAGAAAAUACCCAACCAGUCACCAAUGAUUCCUUGAUCUUAAUUUUGAUAAAAAUUUAUCAAAAUCCAACAAAUCGAACAAAAUUGAACAAAAUAAGAUUAGACAUUAAGCAGCAGCUUCAAGAUGGCAUUUACAACAUCGCUAAAGAAAUUAUUAUUUGGCCUUUUAUUUGUUAUGGGAUUAUGUUUAAUGAUAUUGUAUUUUAAUGAAAGCCAAAGCCUUUUGAAACCAGCCUCAUCGUUCCUGAUGAACGGGUUUGAAUCGAGACAUAGUAAAUUGAAAUUAUAUUCAACAGGAGAUAGUUCUAAAAUUCCAAUAGAAAGAACGUGGACUUAUAAAUGUGUAAAUCAACGCUGUGUACGGCAACAUUAUUCUAGUAGUAAUAAUAAUAAUAAUGAGAAGAGAAUCCCAUUCUCAACAUGUUCAAUGUUGUGUGGAAGUUACACAAAAAUCUGGCCCGAGCCAACAAAAUCCUAUAUUGGAAUAAGUGCCAAUAGUUUUAGUUUAAAUGAUAUAAAGUUUAAGAUUAGAACUCCAUUUAAGAAUGUUGAGAGUUUAUUAGAAAGUGCAUUUUCAAUUUUUUUGGAAGAAGUCAAAACCAUUGUGCAGUCAUUCAAUGGAAAAGUUGAUGAGCUUAAUAAUAAAGGAGCAAGUAGCACCGUUAAGAGUCAAAAUAGUAAAGAACACUCAACAACUGAUAGAUCCUAUCAUUCUUCUCAUAGAAGACACAACCUUACAAAUGUUAAUAUUUUCCUACAUGUUCUUAAGACAUCCGAUAUUCACUUAACAUUUAAUACGGAUGAAUGUUAUAAUUUAACGUUGAUAAACGAGCAUCAAACAAUUGACGUAAGAAUAUCAGCGAAUUCCUUCUUUGGAGCACGUAAUGGGCUCGCGACACUGCAACAACUCAUAUGGUAUGAUGACGAAGAUGAGCUAUUAAAAAUUAUUGGCAGUGCUAAUAUUGCUGAUUGUCCGAAAUUCAACUAUAGAGGUGUAAUGCUAGACACAUCACGUCAUUAUUUUUCGGUGGAGGCAAUUAAAAGAACUCUAGUUGCCAUGUCUCAUUCGAAAUUGAAUCGAUUCCAUUGGCAUAUAACUGAUUCACAAAGUUUUCCAUUUGUAUCUAAGAAUUAUCCUGAGCUUGCCGAAUUCGGUGCUUAUUCGCCAAAUGAAGUUUAUACUCAUGAAAAUGUAAGAGAUUUAGCGAAUUUUGCACAGGUUAGAGGGAUUCAAAUUAUACCUGAAAUUGAUGCACCUGCUCAUGCUGGAAACGGAUGGCAAUGGGGCGUUGAAAAGGGAUUAGGGGAGCUUAGCUUGUGCAUUAAUCAACAGCCGUGGAUGUCUUAUUGUGGUGAGACACCUUGUGGACAAAUAAAUCCGCGCAAUAAUAACACUUAUAAAAUUUUACAAUCACUUUACGGAGAGCUUUUGGAACUCACUGGUCCAACUGAUUACUUUCAUUUGGGCGGUGAUGAAGUAAAUUUAGAAUGUUGGGCACAAUACUUUAAUGAUACAGAUCUCAGAUCUUUAUGGUGUGAUUUUAUGCUUCAAGCACAUCAUCGUUUGACGUUAGCGAAUGGCGGACAUCCAAUUAAAACAGCAGGCGUUUGGUCAAGUGCAUUGACGAAUAUGCCAUGCUUAUCAAAUAAAAAUUUUGCUGUUCAAGUUUGGGGAGGCAGUCAGUGGUCUGAGAACUAUCAACUCAUUGAUUCUGGAUUUGAUUUAAUUUUCUCUCACGUUGAUGCUUGGUAUUUGGAUUGUGGAUUUGGCAGUUGGCGUCCGACUGGUGAUGGAGCUUGUUCGCCUUACAGAACGUGGCAAACAGUCUACAAACAUAAACCAUGGCAAACAAUGAGACUUAAUAAGCAACAAGCAAAACAAAUAUUAGGCGGUGAGGCGUGUCUGUGGACUGAGCAGGUUGAUGAAAGUACAUUGGAUUCACGACUAUGGCCUCGGUCGUCAGCAUUAGCCGAACGACUCUGGCGUGAUCCACAAGAUGAGCUGGAUUUUGCAAUUCCCAAAGAAACAUUCAAUCGUUUUUCGAUAUUUCGCAAUAGAUUAGUGCAAUUGGGUAUAAAGGCAGAGCCAAUAUUUCCUAGGUAUUGCGGACAAAAUCAGGAUGAGUGUGUAUGACAAAUUUAUAAAGUAACGAUUUUGAUACCUUGUAUAGAAUAGUUGACUUUUGUAUAGUUUGACUAUUUCUUUCUCCAAACUUGUCCUGUUUAUCACAAAAAAAAAUCUGUUUCCAGAAUCUUCUUAACUUUGUUAUUUGUUAUUUUAUUCUUAACUUUACGGAUUCAUUCUCUUUGAUUUUUCAGUGAACAAAUUAAAUUUAUAACAUAUAAAUGAAAAGUUAUUUAAUGCUACUCGAAUAUAAUCCGACCAACUAUUAUUUUUAUUGACUGUUACUUAAAUCAUCUAUUGAUGCUUUUAGAAUG